AUGUCUUUCGUCAGCUCACAGCAAUCGUACGCCGCCUUCUGCGAAGAAUUUGAUGAAGAUGCGAAUGUAGCCAUUCCUGACACGAAACGGGUUGCAAACAUUUCCGCCAAACGGUCGAAGCCGGACCUCCACCCGGUGAUAAUCGGCGCAGACGGAGCCAGCGAUUCUGGCUAUUCGAGCCGUACUGGGGCGACAAUUGGGAGUAGCGGAGAAUCACUUGCCAGCGGUGCCAGCGGUGCCAGCAGCUCGUACGUUCUUUCUUUGAACAACGCCAUGGCUGGACGAGAUAUACCUCGUGUGAGGUCGCGGGGCGAUGGGGUGGAUAGAGAAAAACAACAUAGCCGCAAGGCAAAAGAGAAAGAGCAGAAGGGUAUGGACGGCAUGCAACAUGAGGGAAUGAAACCACCUUCAUCACGAGGCGCGAAUCGGCCGACCUCUCUUACACAUGCACCGAAAAACCGACGUCGAGAGUCAAUGUCCGCAGGCAGGCAUCCCCCUGGAGUGUGCGCUGAAUGCGAUCGCUUUGGAUACCAUCACCAGGGCAUGAUACCGAACAUGAUGGACGCCUCAUCGUACUUCAAUCAAAUUCCAGGGUACGACGUGCCACCGUCGCCUCAAACUCCUCGCUACCAGCCAAUGGAUAUGGGCAUGUCCAUCACCCCAGCCAUUACUCACCCUCGCAGAUCAAACUCGUCUUCUUACCACCAACAGAGUCGCCCUGUCACCUUCCAUCCAGGCAUUGUGCCUGAUAUGAACAUGAUGUACAUGGCGGGCGGCCCGUCUGCUCCAUACGCUAACAGCCACGCCGGGCCACCUCUCUCUGCCUCGGCCUAUACUAACACCUACAUGGGCUCUCCAUUCGAAUCAUCUUACACUCAACCUUCCCCAAUCAUGGGGUCGUCUUACGAGAACUCCUCUCAGUUGAUGCAAUACGAGCGCCCCCGCACCGCAUCUAUGUCCCGACCUUCGUCUGAACGACCAAGACGAGGCUCAGUCUAUGGCCCUCCUGUUGUGGAAAACACCCCUCCCACACAGAGUCAUAUGCCAAACUUGGAUCGAAAGUUGGAGCGCCGACCAUCCCGGGAACGACGCGCUCGCCGCCAAUCACGCAGUUAUCACGAUGAAGAUUACUACCGCAUGCCGCCUCCUCGCCUGCCAGCACCAAAGCCAGCUCAGACACAGCCUCCUGUCCAAGUAAUUCCGAUCACUAAGCGGCCGACCCCAAAGAAAGCUAUUACUACACCCACAGCCACCACUGUGGUUCAUCGACCUCCGUCGUUCGACAUGUCUACUAUGAAAGAAGCACUCCCACCACCUAGGGCCAGUCAGUAUCACCAUCAACCACCACAAUCUCAGCGUCGGACUAGCCGAAGUAUUGCUCGCGAGCCCUCUCCAGAGAUGGGAGCCACGCAGGUGAUUGCAAGCACCAGACCACGGAGGACUGCUACGUAUUACGAUGCUGCCAGACCUGCCAGAGUCACUGUCGAAGCUCCUCGUCGUCCACGCCGUGUAUCGACAUAUGGGAUUGAACAAGAGAACCUGCUAGAGCAGAAGCAACGUGAAGUGGAAGAAUACCAGGCCGCCCGUGCUCCUAAACCACCACCACUUACUACUGAAAUGGUCCGGAAUGUUUCUCGACGUGUCCCAAAGGCCCGGACGAUUCAUCAGCGUCGACCUGAACCCGAGCCUGAGCCUGAACCAGAGCCUGAAAUCGAAAGCCCAAGUGAAACUGACACUGACACUGAGAGCGAGGAGGAAGAGGAAGAGGAGGAAGAGGAGGAAGAGGAGGAAGAAGAUGAGGAGGAGGAGGAGGAGGAGGAGCGUGUUAUGCAAGUUUACCCUGUGUCUCGCGUCCAUAGACAACAGCCUCAGCAUCAGCCUAUGCCGCAACUUAGACAGCAACGUCCACAAUAUUCACAACAUCCGCCAGCACCGCCAGCGCCUCCAGCACCGCCAGCACCACCCGCGCCAGCAGCUCCCCUAGUGCCAGCAGCUCCGGUACCACUUACAAGCGAGAUGCUUCGCAAAGCCGCUUCUCGCCGGCCUCCCCCAAUCCCGCACAGUGAAACCGAGAGUGACGAUGACGAUGAUGAUGCAAUUGAAGAUGAUUCUUCAUCUGAAAGCAGUGACUCGGAAGACGACACCAGUGACAUCCACACCAAGAAUGGCAGCGCCACUGGCUCCCGAGUUGACGAUGAUAGCAUCACCAUGAUCAUCCGAGGUGUUAAAAUCGGUCUGUCCAGCGACGCCAUCGAUGGAAAGACCAUCAACUUCCGCUCAGGCGAAGAGGGAGGAGUUGAAUUGAACAUCGCACGAGCAGCCGUAGAGAAGCCGAUGACAUCAGGCGCCUACGCGACGAACACCGUGCUGAACGUGAUAGCCGACGAUCAAGCCGAUCAGGAUACAGUGGACGAGGCUUACUAG